AUGUUUCUCAUACUUUUGGUAGCUGUGGUCGUUGGUUUUUUGUUGGUUCCUCGAAUAUUAUCGAGGACCUCCAUCGGACACUUGCUGCAAAAUCGAUGGCGGUUCUUGGAGGAGUGUUUUCAUGCGCACCAGUUCUACAAGAUUCCUAAAUUCAAUCAAUAUAUGCAGGAGAAUCAACUUUAUCACAAAGUUUUACUCUAUCUUAAUUCCAUACCUUCCGCCGGUGAUUCCGAUUUCGUCAAUCUGUUUUCCGGUAAUAACAAGGCUAACGAGAUUACCCUCGUUAUUAACGCCGACCAGGUCUUCCCCGAUUCGUUUCUCGGAUCCCGAGUCUAUUGGAAGUUCGAAAAGGAUUGUUUCGUGUUGAAGAUACGAAGGAAGGAGAAACGGAGGAUUUUAAGUACGUACCUUCAACACAUUCAUAAAGUCGCGGAUGAGAUCGAGCAGAAGAGUAACGAAGUCAGACUGUACAUCAACGCCGAAAACGAACCGGAGAAGAACGGGAGAUGGAAAUCGAUUCCGUUUACACACCCGGCGACGAUCGACACAGGAAUGAUCGAUUCCGAGUUUAAAAACAAGGUGAAGUCUGAUUUGGAAUUGUUUUUGAAAUCGAAACAAUAUUAUCACCGUCUAGGGCGUGUCUGGAAACGAAGUUAUCUACUGUACGGCCCAUCGGGAACCGGAAAAUCGAGCUUUAUCGCCGGAAUGGCGAAGUUUAUGUGUUAUGACGUGUACGACGUGGAUAUGUCGAAGAUCACCGGCGAUUCGGAUCUGAAACUGCUUUUGUUACAGACGACAAGCAAGUCUAUGAUUGUGGUAGAGGAUUUGGACCGGUAUCUGGUGGAGAAAUCAACGGCUGUGAGUUUAUCUGGAAUUUUAAAUUUCAUGGAUGGGAUCAUCUCAUGUUGUGGUGAAGAGCGCGUAAUGGUUUUCACGGUCAGCAGUAAAGAUCAGAUCGAUCCAACGGUUCUAAGGCCUGGGAGAAUAGACGUUCACAUACACUUCCCCUUAUGUGAUUUCUCUUCAUUCAAAAAUCUUGCCAACAGUCAUUUGGGGAUUAAAGAACACAAGCUUUUCCCACAAGUUGAGGAAAUUUUCCAAACCGGGGCGAGCUUGAGCCCGGCUGAGAUCGGUGAGAUCAUGAUAUCGAACCGGGGGUCACCCACAAGAGCUCUUAAAACGGUUAUCAAUGCUUUACAAACAAACAAUGAUAGCAGAUUAAGUGGGAAAUUCAGACUAUCUCAUAAAUUAAGUCAAAACGGUUCAGUUACCGGGUCAGCCGGAGCUCAACGAAAUUUGAGCCAUAGCGGUUCUAUUGAUGGGUUAGUUGAUAUGUCUUCAAGAUUGGUGGCCACCGGUUCAACAAGAACCGUUGACGAGUCGAGCGAAACUGGUAUAUUUUGUAUGGAAAAUGGUCAUACAGGAAAGGAACUUAAAAAAUUAUAUGGACUAUUGAAAAGUAGGAGUCGUCGAAAAGAAUCGGUGGAUUUAGAUGGAGGAGGAAAAUUGUAG